AUGUCGGACGUAGAGACGUUUGCUUUCCAGGCUGAGAUCAAUCAGCUUCUCAGUCUUAUCAUCAACACUUUCUACAGCAACAAGGAGAUCUUUCUCCGUGAACUCAUCAGCAAUUCUUCCGAUGCUCUAGACAAGAUCCGCUUUGAGAGUUUAACCGACAAGAGCAAGCUAGAUGGUCAACCAGAGCUCUUCAUCCAUAUUAUUCCAGACAAGGCCAAUAAUACUCUCACUAUCAUUGAUAGUGGUAUUGGUAUGACAAAGGCUGAUCUGGUGAAUAACCUGGGUACAAUUGCAAGGUCAGGAACCAAGGAGUUCAUGGAAGCUCUUGCAGCUGGUGCUGAUGUUAGCAUGAUUGGUCAAUUCGGUGUAGGUUUCUACUCUGCUUACUUGGUAGCUGAGAAGGUUGUUGUGACCACAAAGCACAAUGAUGAUGAGCAAUAUGUCUGGGAGUCUCAAGCCGGUGGCUCUUUCACUGUUACCAGGGAUACAUCUGGUGAGAACCUUGGUAGGGGUACCAAGAUGGUCCUUUAUCUCAAGGAGGAUCAGCUUGAAUACCUUGAAGAACGUAGGCUCAAGGACCUGAUUAAGAAGCACUCUGAGUUCAUUAGCUAUCCUAUUUCUCUGUGGGUUGAGAAGACCAUAGAGAAGGAAAUUUCUGAUGAUGAGGAGGAAGAGGAGAAGAAAGAUGAGGAGGGAAAGGUAGAGGAGGUCGAUGAGGAAAAGGAGAAGGAAGAGAAGAAAAAGAAGAAGGUCAAAGAAGUUUCCAAUGAGUGGUCACUGGUGAACAAGCAGAAGCCUAUUUGGAUGAGAAAGCCAGAAGAGAUCACAAAGGAAGAGUAUGCUGCUUUCUACAAGAGCUUGACUAAUGAUUGGGAAGAGCAUCUUGCUGUGAAGCACUUCUCUGUUGAGGGUCAGUUGGAGUUCAAGGCUGUCCUUUUUGUUCCAAAAAGGGCUCCUUUUGACCUCUUUGACACAAAGAAGAAGCCCAACAACAUCAAGUUGUAUGUUCGCCGUGUGUUUAUCAUGGAUAACUGUGAUGAGUUGAUUCCUGAAUAUUUGAGCUUUGUGAAGGGUAUUGUGGAUUCUGAGGACCUUCCUCUCAACAUCUCCAGAGAGACAUUGCAGCAGAACAAGAUCCUAAAGGUUAUUCGCAAGAAUUUGGUGAAGAAGUGUGUUGAGCUUUUCUUUGAAAUUGCUGAGAACAAGGAGGACUACAAUAAGUUCUAUGAGGCGUUCUCUAAAAACCUCAAGCUUGGAAUCCAUGAGGAUUCUCAGAACAGGGCAAAGUUUGCUGAACUGCUGAGGUACCACUCCACUAAGAGUGGUGAUGAGAUGACCAGCUUGAAGGACUAUGUGACCAGAAUGAAGGAGGGCCAGAAUGAUAUUUACUACAUUACUGGUGAGAGCAAGAAGGCUGUUGAGAACUCUCCCUUCCUGGAGAAACUGAAGAAGAAGGGAUAUGAGGUGCUUUACAUGGUUGAUGCCAUUGAUGAGUAUUCAAUUGGUCAGCUGAAGGAAUUUGAGGGCAAAAAGCUUGUUUCUGCUACCAAGGAAGGCCUCAAGCUUGAUGAGAGUGAAGAUGAGAAGAAAAAGCAGGAAGAAUUGAAGGAGAAGUUUGAGGGACUGUGUAAGGUGAUGAAGGAUGUGCUAGGAGACAAAGUUGAAAAGGUCAUUGUUUCUGACCGUGUUGUUGACUCUCCCUGCUGUUUGGUCACUGGUGAGUAUGGCUGGACUGCUAACAUGGAGAGAAUUAUGAAGGCACAGGCACUUAGGGACUCCAGCAUGGCUGGAUACAUGUCUAGCAAGAAGACCAUGGAGAUCAACCCAGAGAACUCCAUCAUGGAUGAGCUAAGGAAGAGGGCUGAUGCAGACAAGAAUGACAAGUCUGUGAAGGACUUGGUUCUCUUGCUUUUUGAGACUGCCCUUCUCACCUCAGGUUUCAGCCUCGAGGAGCCAAACACCUUUGGCAACAGAAUUCACAGGAUGUUGAAACUCGGUUUGAGCAUUGAUGAGGAAAGCGGAGAUGCUGAUGCUGACAUGCCAGCAUUGGAGGAUCCUGAAGCUGAUGCUGAGGGCAGCAAGAUGGAGGAGGUUGAUUAA